CCCGGCGUGCGCCGCGCGGUUGUGAGGAGAGACGGGGCUUUGGUGGUGCCACCAAUGGCCGAGAGUCACCCGGAGCCGCCAGGCACUGGUGAGCCCCCGACGCCUGGGUCCCCCCUCCCCGCCCCCCCCCGGACACCCGGGUCCCUCCCACCCCCCAGGUCUGAGGGGCCUCGUCCCCCCGUCGCACUUCGUGCUCCGCCCCCCCAGUCCCAGCACCAGGCCCUGGGGGCAGAGCUUGAUGCUGAGAAGAGGCGUGGCCAGGCCCUGGAGGUGCAGCUUGAGGCUGAGAAGAGGCGUGGUCAGACCCUAGAGGUGGAGCUUGAUGCUGAGAGGAGGCGUGGUCAGACCCUGGAGGCAGAGCUUGAUGCUGAGAGGAGGCGUGGUCAGACCCUACAGGCGGAGCUUGAGGCUGAGAGGAGGCGUGGCCAAGUCCUGGAGGCGGAGCUUGAGGCUGAGAGGAGGCGUGGUCAGACCCUAGGGUCAGAGCUUGAUGCUGAGAGGAGGCGUGGUCAGACCCUGGAGGCAGAGCUUGAUGCUGAGAGGAGGCGUGGUCAGAUCCUGGAGGCGGAGCUUGAUGCUGAGAGGAGGCGUGGUCAAACCCAGGGGGUGGAGUCUGAUGGGGGGCAGCCCCUGGAGGAGGAUGUUCCUGUUCCCACUGUCCCCAUGGUGUCCCAAUACCCCUGUGGUGUCCCCACACUGUCCCCAUUCCUCCCAGUGCCAGGCCCAGGUGCUGUUCCAGGCCCGGCUCACUGCCCCCCCCCGGGGUGCCUGUGGCAGUGGCCCCCCCCCCGGCUGCAGGCACUUCUGGGGCGCUGGCGGGAGAAGGUCUUUGCCCUCCUGGUGCAGCUGCGGGUGCAGGAGGAGGCGCAGCGGGUGCUGCAGGCGCAGGUGGGGACACUGGGGGCGGCGGUGGCAGCGGGGACGCGCCGGGUGACGCGGCUGGAGCUGAGCCUGCGCGAGAGGGCGGCCACCGCUGAGCUGCAGCGUCGGGACACCAAGCGCCUGGCGCAGGAGGUGAUGCAGCAGCGGGGACGGGCAGAGGCAGCUGAGGAGGCACUGGGGGGACUGGCCCGGGCGGCUGCCAGGCUGGCUGGGGUGGUGACAGCACGCGAAGCUGAGGUGACAGCAGCCACCGGGACCAUGGUCACCCUCAGUGCCCGCCUGCGCCGGGCGGGAGAGCGGCUCCGUGUCCUCCAGGGGCUGGUGGCCCCAGCGGUGGCCUUGGACCGGCCGCGGUGGCAGCGGGACCCAGUGGGGGACAACCCGGUGGCCAAGGUGACAGGCAGCACCCAUCUGCUCGCGGGGACAAUGGCCAGGGUCCGGCGCAGCGCAGUGGCCUCGGGGGUGGCUGAGGAGGUGACACACGGCUGGGUGACAAAGGACGAGGUGACGUGGGACAAGGCCACCCCCCAUGAGGACAGGAUGGGGCAUCCCUCCAGCAGAGCGGCGCUGAGCUCCCUCGUGACGCAGCUGCAGGCCCUGGGCGCCGCCAUCCUUGGGGACGAUGGGGACAAUGGUGACCCCCCCUGACCCCACUGCGGACCGAGGCAUCUAGGAACCACUGACCUCCUGGAUGAGUAAGUGGAAAGCUGUUGUUGAACCUUCAUCCUACAGAGAGUAUCCACCUAGAAAGUGUAGCAAGUGUUCCCGGGAGCUUUGUUAACACCCGGUGAGGUGUUAACACCCAGAGAAGAUGUGGAGAACAUCUAAAAAGACAAGAACCUUCACGUGGAGAACAUCUAAAAAGACAAGAAUCUUUGCAUGAUGGACAAUCCAAACCCUUCCAUGGGGAAAUGUGUCAUUCCCUCCCAGAAAUCUUGAUGGAUAAUUAAGGAAACCAAA